AUGCGCGUCCCAAGGUUCUCGCGCGCAAAAGAAUCUGGGGAGGCGGACCGACGAAACGCCGAUCAACGUCAAAACCACAGCUUUCUGACAGCGACGAGGGAUGAAUGGAUUGAGGGGUCUGAGAGCAUGUCGUUGUUAACAUCACUCCUCGCUCUCCGCCGCGAUGCGCGCCUCCUCAAGAUACCCCCCUACCUUUCCGCGCUGUGUAUCCUCGUCGGAAUAGGAUGGCUACUGGUAUUGCCCUUGCAAGAGUAUUCGAGGAACACCUACGUGUCUGAGAACGCCCUGCUACCCGGCCAAGUGCAUACGUACUUUACUGGGAGCGAGCAUAAUAUCUUCAGGGCCUACCGGCAUGAGGUUGCGGAGCUAGUACACCAGCCGUUAGAGGGGAGAAACCAGAGGCUUGCAGAGAUAUUACGGUCCUCCGGACUGAAAGUCGCGACUCAAAAUUACGAAUACUCGGCCUCAGGACGGACAAUAUCUGGCCAGAAUGUGUACGCCAUUCUUCAGGGUCCCCGGGCGGAUGCUACCGAGGCAAUUGUACUUAUAGCAGCUUGGAGGAAUAUGGAUGGAGAGAUUAACCAUAGCGGAGUAGCUCUCGUCCUAACACUUGCUCGCUACUUCAAGAGAUGGUCACUCUGGUCCAAGGAUAUCAUCUUCUUGAUAGCUGGGGACAGCACGGCAGGGCCACAAGCAUGGGUAGACGCCUAUCAUGACUCUCACUCCCCUGCAUCAAUCGAGCCUCUUUCUAUCAAGAGUGGUGCUCUCCAAGGAGCCGUUGCUAUUGACUACCCAGCCGGACCAUGGGGUCACCGAUUCGACAAACUGCACAUCGUAUACGAUGGUAUCAACGGCCAGCUUCCUAAUCUCGACCUCUUCAACACGGCCGUAUCAAUCGCCAGUGGUCAAAUGGGAAUUGGCUGCACCCUUCAACGUAUGUGGAAGCACGACGACUCAUACCAAGAGCGCCUCCAGACUAUGCUCCGAGGAAUGAUCAGCCAAGGUCUCGGUCAUGCUUCUGGUCCCCAUAGCAGCUUCAUCCCCUAUCAUGUCGACGCCAUCACUUUGCAGACUGUCGGCGACGGCUGGCACGAUGAGAUGUCGUUGGGUCGAACGGUCGAAAGUCUGUUCCGAAGCUUAAAUAACCUCCUCGAGCACCUCCAUCAGAGUUUCUUCUUUUACCUCCUUAUGCAAGCAAACCGCUUCGUUAGCAUUGGGACCUACCUUCCCAGCGCCAUGCUGAUCGCGGUAAACUUCACCAUCACCUCCAUCGCAUUAUGGGUACAAAGCGGACGACCCGCUAAACCACCAUCGCCCGUCUCAACCGACACCGAGCCCUCCGAGGCUCCCAAGAUGACAGCCGUCGAGAAAGACGACAUGGUAGCCCUAAUCCCGGAGCAAUCUCUCGCAAUCAUAGAACGGGAACUGUUCCUCCCUCUCGCUUUCGUGGGGAGCGCGCACUUCCUCGGCCUCCUACCUCUCUACAUCUUUAACAACACUUCAGAAAGCUCCCUCACCCUAGCCUUCCACAUCACCACCUUCCUCGCUCUCUUACUCCCACACCUAACCGCCUUCGCCCUCUCCCUCUCCCCACACCGCCCUUCGGCCCAAGAAACAACCCUAAUCCAAUGCCUCUCGCUCCUCCUCCUCGGCAUGUUCCUCUCCGCCCUCGCAACCCUCAACUUCUCCCUCGCCUUCCUCGUUGGCAUCCUCGCCACACCCCUGACGUUCGUACGACCAACAUCCUCCCGCCCACUAGCGGGAUUGCAGACGCUCCUCCUAAUCGCCGUCAAUCCCCUCGUUGUUACUACCCUAGCGACGAGUUACUGGGCCGGCGGUGACGUGUCCCAGCUCAAAACAGUGCUAGUGGCUGCGGCGGAGGGGUGGCACGUGUGGGGCUUGUGGACGCAGGUGGUGGUGUGGUUGGUGUGGUGGCCGGCGUGGUUUGCGGAGAGUGUGGUUGUGGCGGGGUCGUUAUUCGGGGAGCCGUCAGAAGCAAAGAGCGAUAAAGCGUAGCGCUGAGAGCAAGGGUGAUGAAAAGGGAAGAGGGAGACGAGAAGGUAUGAUAUGUAAACAUAGAAAUGCAUUUGGGAUGUGUCACAUGAUCACAAGAAAAAGAUAUGUCUGCGCGGUUGAUUCUGUGAGGACUUGUGGGCAUGGUGGGUACGCGGUGUGGCCCUCGUCGUGUACGCGGCGUAGGCAAAGAUUCGACUGCUGCGGCUCGACUGGGGAGUUCUUUUGCCAUUUUUACACGAAACGUCUAUACUCCUCAUACGCCGCGUGAAUUGUCUGAAUCGGUGUCGUCUAGACUCUCUAGUUCGAGAAGUGCAGAAAGUGAACUGGAAAGGGUGUGAUUGCAUGGUUUUGACAGGUGGAUGACGGUGUUUGAGGUGCCUCGUCAGGUUGAGGCCGAUUCGGACACGAUGGUAAGGUUUCGAGGGCCAUAAACCCGUUUCCAAGAAUGGUUUAGUGUAGUAGCACACUCUUGAGCAUAUACUUCACAGCAGCAGAGAGA